UUCACUCUCAGUCUAACUAGUUCGUAUUGUAUCUAUCACAAGUGCCAAAAUGAUUCCCAACCCCAUUGAAAUCGUCUGCGUCCACGUGGUCCAACCGAUCAUUGAUUUACUGGAUUACAUACUAACGGAAGUCCACUUCGUCGCCUUCAUAGCUGCCGUUGCUUGCCUUGGAGUAAUCAUAGGACUCAUCCUUGGGAUCGUGACUUUAGUUUGGUUCAAAAUGACACGGGACGAGGAAACUAAGAAGACUUAUACAGGAGAGGGAAUGCCCGCCGAAGUAAAAAAGAACGACUAAUGUCGAUGUUUUAUCAAAAUGAAUUAAAAUGUUAAUAAAAUGAAUGCGCUCUAAUUUUCCGUUUUUACAGAACUUAUUUG